AUGGCUUGGACAAGUCUUUGCGGCCUUGCAUGGGCAAACGACUUUACGAGUUCUGAACUCGUUGCUGCUCGCACCAAGUAUCUGUCUAUCUUCCUUCGUCAUGGAAUUCCGCGCGAGAUUGGUCUUCUUUCUCUCGAGCCUCCAACUCGAGUUUGUGUGGAUCCUGGAUGCGCCAAAAGCUUACAGUCCAAUCCCUCUGCUUUUUGCGAACGAGAGCUUGUUGAGCCGUCUCGAAUCAGAGCAACAAUCUACACAAAAGAAUUUGGGAGUAUUCCCGGCUUCUCGACAUCUCGAUAUUGCCGCAACUGUCACACACGAUACUAUCACUCUUACUACGUUCACCGCGAUGCAUCGCUCUGCACAUUCUAUCCAACACAAGAUCCUAUUCUCAAUAUCGGUCUCCAUUUCUUUGUCGACCGUGAGAUGUGCGAGCUGUUCAGCAUCAUGAUGGUUAAUUUGUGGACUUCUGCUACGAACUGUGCCCGAAUCUAUAACGAGGGACUGCAAAACAAUCUUGUGAAGCCUUUUCUUCCAGCAGACUGGCCUUUCGCUACCGAAAUCGAUGUGGAACACGUAUGGGACGCCUUUUACUACCACAACCUUCUCCUCGAUCAUGAACGUCGCUCAUCGCUUCUGGUUGUCCCGAAUCUCGUCACAUCUCAAGCCGAACGACUGCGUCCUGCACUGCUUGAACGGAAUCGUCGGAUGGUAGGACCAGGGCAAGAUGCAUGGAACCAUGCCUGUGACGAUUGUUGUGCCAUCUUCAAAUCACCGGGUCAGCCCGAUGAUUGUACAGUUGCUAUACGCUCAGUCGUUACCGAUGGUGUUGAGAUGGGCCGUCCCUGCUGUUCCGUACACGACUGCUUAGAACCUCUCCCUACCAACAAGCACCGGUAUUGCACGACUCAUUCUAACCUCAAUCUACAAUGCGCUGUGAAAUCCUGUGUUUUGAAAGCCGAAGAGGGUUUCAAGACUUGCCGCCAGUCUGAUCAUUGCGACAUCGAGACCUAUCAUCUGGCACGCGGCAAAGCUAUGUUUCAGCUGAAAAGUCGACUUCAGCGGUUGAAGAUUUCGCAAUUGCAUGACUCGCUGCCCCACACCUUGGCUGACCAAAAUCUAGAGGGAUCAGCCGCUGAUUUGGACGAAGGUGUCGACAUCAACGUGGAUGGCAUUUGCGAAGGCAAACCAGACGGUUUAGACCACAAGAGUCGGAAAAAGCAAGCACGGUUUGGACGAACAUGGACCCACAAUGAGCAAUUAGCAUGGUCUUCCUGUGGUGUCUGCCUGGGUCGUGCAACGUUCUAUGGAUCCGAGGCUCCAAAUGGUGUUCGUAGCUUUUGGAAAAAACUGUGGCCAACCAAACGAUCUCUUCCAGAGGUGCUUUGGUAUGAUAAUAACUGCUGA